AGUCUGCUCCAUCGUUUGUCCCACGUCCAGUGUUGUGUGUGUCGCUUGUCGAGGUGUCUCAUGAGCACCUCGGUUUAUCAGUUUGAAUAAAAGGUUCCACCUUGUUUUUAUGUAAAUUGAUAUCAGACAGAGAGGAACAAUGCAGACCCUGACCCCGCAUGUUUACUGGGCUCAGCGUCAUGGAGAGAUUUAUCUCCGGGUGGAGUUGAGCGAUGCUAAGAACAUUGACAUCAGACUCCAAGAAAACAACACACUUAAGUUCAGAGCACAGGGCCAUGGAGCUAAAGGAGAAAAUGAAUAUGAGUUCAGUUUGGAGUUCCUGGAACCAGUUAGACCUGAGAUCAACCAUAAGUCCACCCAGCGUCAGCUGGACAUCAAGAUAAAGAAGCAGGAGGAGUGCUGGUGGGACCGACUGACGCUGCAGGAGAAGAAGCCUCUGUUUCUGGCCCCUGACUUCGACCGCUGGCUGGACGAGUCCGAUGCUGAGAUGGAGCUUCAGGCUAAGGAGGAGGAGAAGAAGAUAAACAAAAUAAGCGUGGAGUCAAGAGUUCGUAAGGACCCCUACCUCGGUCUGAAGAAAGGCUAUUUGUUCAUGUACAACCUGGUGCAGUUCUUGGGAUUCUCCUGGAUCUUUGUCAUCAUGACUGUCCGACUAUGGAUUCUUGGUCAAGAUUCGUUUUAUGAUACCUUCCAAACCACAGCUGAUAUUAUGUAUUUCUGUCAGAUGAUGGCUGUGCUCGAGGUCAUUAAUCCCUUGCUGGGUUUGGUUAAGACUGGAUUUUUUCCUGCUAUGAUACAGGUGGCAGGGAGGAACACCAUUCUGUUUGUUAUCUUUGGGAGCCUGGAGGAGAUGCAGAACAAGCCUGUUGUCUUCUUUGUCUUCUUUCUGUGGAGCACUAUUGAUAUCUUCAGGUACCCGUUUUACAUGCUGGCCUGCAUCGGCAUGGAGUGGAAGCUGUUAACGUGGCUGAGGUACAACCUCUGGAUCCCUCUGUACCCUCUGGGGGUUGUGGCUGAAGCGGUGGCAGUGAUCCAGUCCCUGCCCAUCUUUGAUGAGACCAGUCUGUUCAGCCUCCCUCUCCCCACAGUGCUGGGAGGCUCUUUGAGCUUCUCCUAUGUUCUGCAGCUCUACCUGGUCCUGAUGUUCCUGGGACUCUUCAUCAAUUUCCAACACCUGUACAAGCAGAGGAGAAGAAGAUACCACUUGAAGAAAAGGAAAGUCCACUAACUGAUCAGCGUGUUUACUUUGUACACACCCUGAACUGCAGAACACUUAAUCAUAAUAGAGGUUUUCUUACUGCCUUUUCUCCUAUGCCUUUACACACACACACCGACCUGGUGUUGGGGGUCGCUUUAUUCAUGCACUGGGGGAGCCAUUAACCUUCUCCAAACCAAAUCCUGUAAACCCUGCUGCACCAACUCGAUGACCCGCCUGAAAACACUGCACAGGUUUACCACAGUGCUGCUGUGAGGUUUAGUAUGUUUAUUCUGUUAGAAGUCACUCUCUGAGGUUGGAUGCACAUUUUGUUUAUGCUACAAUAGAGAGAAGUGUUUUUUUACAGUUCAUAAGAUUGAAAAUAAAUAAUAACACUAAUGUUAAUAUUUUAACACACCUGUCCAAUAUGAAUUUUUGCAUCAACGAUAUCAGAAACUAUUGGAGUAUUUUCAUUUAUCAUUGGAAAUACAGAAGCACUUGUUAACAUGUACCGCUUGGCAGGAUCCCCCAUAAUGCCCCUCUGGGCGGGAUGUAUUUAGUUGGAGUUGGUGGGGAUUGUUCGGUGUUCUGUUGGUGUGUGUGUGUGUGUGUGU